UCAAUCGCUUGUUAUCCGCCUGCUCUCUGGUCUCCCUCCCGUCUGCUACUCAAUCCUGUGCAGGUCCAGAGCCUCUCGCUUUGCCCAUUAUACCCACCAUCGUCCACUGGAGACGAAACAAAAAACUACAGUAGCUUGCCACGCGCACACGAUUCCGGGUCUACAAACAUGGCUGACACAGGUCUCCCCGCCAAUUGGGAGGUUCGACACUCCAAUUCGAAGAACCUACCCUACUAUUUCAAUACGACCGACAAGGUCUCCCGCUGGGAACCUCCCCCAGGCACCGACACCGAAAAACUGAAGCGGUACAUGGCCACCCACCACUCGGCCGCCGUCGCACCUCCAGCCCCGCCAGGCCAGAUCCCCGAAGGGAAGAUUCGCGCCGCUCACCUGCUGGUCAAGCACGAAGACAGCCGCCGCCCUUCCUCAUGGCGCCAGGAACGCAUCGAACGUUCCAAGGACGAAGCUCGCUCCAUCCUCCGCGGCUACGAAGAGAAGAUUCGUUCCGGCCAGGCUUCCCUGGCCGAACUCGCUGUCACCGAAAGCGACUGUAGCAGUGCCCGUAAGGGUGGGGACCUCGGCUACUUUGGCAAGGGCGAUAUGCAGCGCGAGUUCGAGGAUGCGGCAUUUUCUCUCAAGGUCGGCGAGCUUUCUGGCAUUGUCGAGACUGCUAGCGGUGUCCAUUUGAUUGAGAGGCUGGAGUAGUUUGCGCAUCACCGACAGGGAACAGGAAGUGAAAAUGGCGAUAUCGGAUAUGAACUACAGAGAGGUGGCCGCCGUGUAUCACCAUGGCCAGGGAAAAGCGAGUAUAGGGAAAGCUAUCUU